ACUAAACAAGAAAAAUAGUUCGACUGAUGAGUGAUGUGGCCAAACAAUUACUCAUGAGAAAAAUGAAACUUAUUUAAUUCAAUAAAUAAAGUAAAAAAUGAUGGGAAAAAUUAAAAUUUUUGAAGUUUUUUACAUAAUUAUAUUGUUUGCUGCAGUAAGUUAUGGCAGAGUGCCCACGAUUCGUUUAUGUGCAGAUGAAAAGUGUCAAAAUAUUAUUUCGACUGCGAGAACGGUAAUAAAUUUUCAUGGUAGUCAUCCAAGCCAUGUUUCAUUCAGAGGAAAUACUCAAUGUAGGGUAAUGGCAAAAUCAAGCGGUGAAAAUGCUGAUCUUUGGGAAAUUGAAGUACAAGGACGCCGUGGAUACGCUCCUCGCAACAUGAUUAUGGAACAAAAAAUUCUUGUAAAAGCAGAAAACCUAGUUGAAGUUAGGGGUAGUAGUAGCAGUAACGAGUUAAACUCUCUUCAUGAAAUUGUCGAAAAUGUUACAAUGAGAGAAGAAGAUUUACUUAGAACAACCACCACCACAAACACCACAAACACCACCAACACCACCAACACCAACACCACCACCACCACAGAACAAGACGAAGAUCAGAACAAUGUCGAAUCUGAUGAAACAAGCAUUGCGAAAGAAUUGAAUACAGAAAUUGAUGAAUUUGAGCAAAUGCGUGAUCAUAUAGAUGAAGACAACGAAAAAUAUAAACAAGAGCCAGAUGAAAGUAACGAUCAUUCGAAUCGUGUAGAAGAACAAGAAGAUUCCAAUUUAAAACCUGUUGAUGAACCACUUGUAAUAAAACGUGACAUGUAUAAAACAGGAAUACAGAUAAAUACAGACGAAAAUAUUCGCUUGGAGGUAGUUGGAAUGCAACAACAAGAAGGCGAAGACGACUAUGAAGAACAUAAAAGUGCUAUGAAUGAAAUGAGUGAGAAAAAACUAAAUGAAGACAGAGAAGUUGAAGAAAAUGAAAUUGCUGAAUCUCAACUAAGCAUUAAUCAAGACCUUGAAAAUAUCGGAGACUUUGUAUGGGAAUCCGAUGGUAAUUCAAAUGUUAGUACUGAAAAUGAUGAUAAAAUUAUUGUCGAAAAAAAAUCAUCAAUUAUAGAAACGCCAAAAAAUUAUGAGCUUCAAUUGAACUCAGAGGAACAAAUUCAAGAGAACAAAUACUUUGAAUCAAAACUUGAUGACAAUCUCACUUUCAAACACUCCGACAAUAAUCAAGUCAACGAAGAAAUUGUUGUAAAUAAUAAUACCACUAUAAACGUGGAAGGAGAUGUAAAUAAUCUUAUACAUAGUAUUCAACCUAUUCUUUUAUCAGAUGAAACUGUAUCGUCAAACAAAAUCAGUGAAUCUGAAGAUAAUACAAUACAAAACCAUGUUUUAGAUGAUAAAACACAAGAAUUGUUUACCAGUAAUAAGCCGCAUCCACCACAAACUCAAAUAGAAAACGAUGAAAAUAAAGAAUACAGUGAACAAAAAACAUUCGAUAUUGGAGAAAUCAAUCAAGAAAUCGAUGAUCAACCACUUAAUUUAGUUCCAAAUAAUGCCGAAAACACAAUAUCAACUUACACAACAACGAAAAGUAUUGUUGGAGAAAAACAAGCAAUUCAUUAUGAAGAAGAGCCCAUUUCUCAAGAGCCACUUUAUGAAAGUGGUUCAAUUUAUUCAGAUUCAAGUCAGUCAGUGGAACAUGAACAUAUAAGAACUGAAGAUAUUUUUUCACAAAAUUAUCAACCAGAAACACCAAUUGUAGCUGCGAAAAGUGAGGAAACCAAUUUGUAUGAGAGUAUAUUGGAUUUUUUUUUCAAUUUUAUUUCAAAUGAGGAAAAAAAUGUAAAGAAAAUCAAUGCGGAUCAACAUAUUGAUGAGGAUGGUUAUUGCGAAAAUUUUCAAGGUCAUAAUUCCUGCCCCAAAAAUGUCCCAAAGAUUUAUUCAGCAUACUUUUUCGAUAAUUUAUCAAAGAUUACGGACUCUAUAACCACCGACACAUUUUUGAAUAAAUUCUUAAUUGAAGUUAUUGCCAGAGCUGAUUUGGUGGUUCUUUUACUUUUAACAGCUUUUGCUAUACUCAUCUUUCUUUUUGGACACUACUGCUUUGUAAAUCGCCGUAUAGAAAAUACAUUGAUAAAAAAAUUGAAUGAUGUUGAGAGAAAACUAAUACGUUCACAAAAAGAAGAACUUCUUACAAAAGCCGAAUUGAUUGAAACCAAUAAGAAAUUGAGUAGUAUUGCAGACAAAUCAUUUGGAGCAGACGAUAUGAUCAAACAGUUCGAAAUGGAGAAGACUGAAUUGCAAGAUCAAAUAACUUCAUUGGAAAAAGAAUUAGGAAUAGCAGAAAAAGAAUUAGGAAUAGCAGCCGAGGCUGGACUUGAAUUAAAUAAAAUGAUCUCGGAGCUUCUCAGCAACCAAAGUGGCAGUGAUUCAAUCAUCAAUAGCGUUGAGGAAUUACAGCAACAGUUGAAUGAGCAGGAGGCAACCACAAUAUACAUAAACAAUUUACUAGCCGAAAAAAGUCGUGAAAAUAGUGAGCUGCAAGUGCUUUUGUCAGAUUCUAAUAAAAAAUUUGGUGGUGAAAUACAAGAAUUGCUAAUUCAAAAUGAAAAACUCAAAACAGAUAAAGAAACAAUUGAAAACACAUUGACCGAAUCUAUUCGAUCGCUUGAAGUUCAACUUGAGAAAAGUCUGGAAACUAAAGCGAAUACUAUAUCUGCGAUCAACGAGGAACAUAGUGCAUUAAGAAAGGAAUAUGACGAAAUAUUUUUAAAGUGGAAUUCGUCUGAAGCACGAGUUGAAGCUUUAGAAGAAAGCAUAAAGAAACUUAAACAUUUCAAUGGAAAUGAUGAUAUAAAAACAAUUAUUGAAGUAACUGAUGUGAAUGCAAAAUAUAUAGCGUUGAAAAAACAGAAUGAAUACCUAAGAGACAAAAUAGAUUCGGAAAUGGAAUGUAAAGAUCGGUUGCAGGAACAGAUUAAGGAAAUUAGCGAAGAUAUCGCACGUCAAAAAAUGAAAUUUAAUCAAAAUGAAAAGGACAAAUUAGAAGCGCAAACUCGUUUAGAAGUUUUAUCGAGCUAUUUCAAAGAGAAAGAAUCACAACUUCAAAAGGAACUUAGCGUAAAAGAAGCAUUGUUUAUGAAACAACAGGGAGAAUCCACAAGUACAGUUGAACGCAUUCGCAGUUUGCAAGAUGACAUGCAGAAAUUGAGAUCACAAAAUGAUCAGUUGCGAGCGGAAGUCGAAGCUCAAUCAGCUGCACACAAGGCUCAAAUAAAUGCUGCUGAAGUAAGAGCACAUGAUUCAUGGUUGGCAGCAAAACAAGCUGAACGUCGACUUGACGAAGCAAGAGCUGAAGCAAGCAUUUUGAGGAAAAAACUUACAAGUCUUAUGUUCAAUAACACAUCUGCAGAAAAUAACUAUUCCAAUUUAAAUCAACCAAACGAUGGAUUCAUAUCUGCACCAUCGCCCAUUCAUAUGGAAUCGCCCAAUUCGCCCGUGUUAUCUUUGAAUUUACCACCACCCCCUUUGAUUCCGACACCAUUGUUUGCAAACUCUGGAAUCACAACAUUGGGAGCUUCAUUUAUGCCACCGCCACCCUUACCUCUUCCAAACGACAUGAGGCCUGCACCAAUUGGACGGUUAAUGUCGCCGCCGCCUCCUGAUCAUCGAUAUACAGAGAACUUUAUGCAACAAAAAAGAUAUGAAAAUAAUUAUCCUACUGAUAUUUACGAAACAGAAACAGAUUUUAGUCCACCACGAUCACCUACGCCAAGGUCUUACACCGAUUUUUACCGUGAACAGAAUUAUUCACCUGAUGUACCAACAAAAAAGAAAUCAUCGUUUGCUCGCAAAGGUACCGCAAAUUCCCGAAGCGUGGAUUCAAAUGGUCGAUAUGGAAACGAGGUGUAAUAUGUGAAUAUGUUGAUAUAAUAACUUAAUUUUUGAAAUAAAACCAAGUUUGAAAAGAA